UCGAAGACGUGCUCAUCAGGCACGACUUGACGCGCAGCUCAAGCUGUCGUUCCGCCAAGCCGCCAUCCCCGAACCUUCGCCGCAAAGCUGGCCACGACUUUUGUCCUCAUCCACGAUCAUCCACCGCAUUGCAAAGCUCGCUCUCUCUUUCUCGUGAUCUUUGUCCGAAUCACCCCUCGACUCCCUCUCAAGAUGGCGGCUGCAAUAGAGUCCCACGUCCGCCUGGCGCAAUCCCUACACCCUCGCCUCCUCAACUUCUUCAAACGCUUUCCACCGCCUCAAGUGGUCGCAGCAACAAGUGCCAUCCCAUCAAUAUCCUCGUCCACCGCACAAUCCUUAUCGAUCGAAACGGCAUCCACCACAUCACCAUCCGACCCCAACGCCUCCAUCUCCACCGAAGUCCCUACAUCCGACCCACAAACCACCUGGCCUACAAACGACGGCCCAAUCAAACGCAAUCCCUUCCUACCCUUCAAGAACCCGCGAACAGGCAACUGGCACUCCCCCCACUACUCCCUUCGCCGACAAGCAGACCUCUUCAAACUCGCCCAAACCCAUCAUGUCCUGCCGCUGAUGCCGCUUUCGCCCAAACACCCCGAUGUGCGGGAGCAGAAGCGGAUGGAGCGGGCUUUGCGCGCGGCGCGCACCGGGCUUUUGCCCAUUAGCGGGAAGAAGGCGAAGGGAAAGACGUGGGAGAGGAGUUUGAGGACGCGGAUGGAGGAUCGACGGAAGGCGAUGGAGGGUAUGCCGGAGAUGAUUCGGUUGUGGAAGGAGAGAGGGCAUGGACGGGGAUGGAAGAAGUGGCCGAGAUAGGGUCUGCAUCGUUGUGGAGGCCUUUUUGAACGUUCUUAGCGCGGAGUCGUAAAUUGUACAUCUAGAUGUACAUUCACCCCUGGGAAGUGACCCCGACUAGUAUUACCUACGUAAACGUGGUCUUCUUCUUGGUCAAAUCUCGCACAAUCUCGUCCAACUCCUCUCUCUUCCGUUUCCUCUCCUCUUCCUUGUCCGCGCUACCAUCCUCUUCCUUCUCCUCCUUCUCCACCUCCGCGUCUUCCCACGUCCGUGGCUUCCAACAUCUAAUGCUUCCGUCUCCAUGCCCGGAAUACAUUUCAAUGUCAUG